AUGAAGCUUCCUGUCGUGUGCGUGCUGCCUGCCCUGGCCGCAGCAGCCUGCCCCUACAUGGACCAGGCUGUGCCACCCGCAAGCAGCCUUCCCGUGGCUGUGCCGGACGCAGCGACCUAUGCGGCAGCGCUCCCGAGCUUGGACAUCAAGGCUCUGGAGCAAGACCUGACGCAUGCCAUGACUGCCAGCAAGACCUGCUGGCCUGCGGAUGGCGGCCAUUACGGUGGUCUCAUGAUCCGCCUGGCCUGGCAUUGCUCCGGCACCUAUCGGGACACGGAUGGAAGGGGCGGCUGCUCCGGCGCCCGAAUCCGCUUCCAGCCCGAGAUCGGAUGGAUGGACAAUGGCAACCUGGACAAGGCCUUGUCCCUCCUCGUCGCCAUCAAAAACACAUAUGGUGAUGCCUUGAGCUGGGGUGACCUCAUCACUUUCGCGGGUACGGUCGCUGUCCGCUCCAUGGGUGGACCCACUCUCCCUCACUGCUUCGGUCGCAUCGACGAAAAAGAUGGCGCCAACAGCGAGAUCUUCGGCACCACGGCAAAUUGGUCAGCGACCGGCUGCGAGACGCAAGGUGAUUGCCAGAAGCCUCUGGGUGCAACCACUGUGGGUCUCAUCUACGUGAAUCCGGAAGGCCCCUUGGACAACGCAACCGGUCGCCAGAACCCGGAUCCAGUGGCGAGCGGCGCUGAGAUCCGCGAGGUCUUCGGGCGCAUGGCCAUGAACGACACAGAGACUGCGGCACUGAUCGCCGGCGGCCACGCCUUCGGGAUGUGCCAUGGUCACACCAGCGGCUUCGAGGGACCCUGGACGAAGACACCAAGCUCUUGGACCUACGACUUCAUCCACGGCAUGCUGGAGGAUGAGUGGGAGAAGGUCACGGACGCCAACACGCAAGGCCUCGUGCAGUGGAGAACUAUCAACCGCACCAGCAGGCACGCCAGCACCAUGCGCCUGACCUCUGACCUGGCUCUGGUGAAGGAUGCAGUCUACAAGCCCAUCAUCGAAGACUGGGCAGCAAACCCCGAGAAGCUGGAUGUGGCGUUCGCGGCUGCCUGGGACAAGCUCUUGACGUCUGGCACCACCUGGUCCACAGCGAAGCGCUGCGAGACCACUGCCACCACCACAACCAGCGUUGACAGCGUUCAGACGUCCGUCUCCACGCCAAUCCGCCUUUCAAGCUUGCUGGUGCUUGGAGGCGCUUCUGCGGUGGCGCUCAGCUGA